AUGUUUCCCCCUGAGCUGGGCGAGGUGGGGGGGCUCCGUGGGCCCCAGGCCAUGGAGUUCUGGAGCAGCCCCGCAGCCUACGCCGAGGUGCACGGGAGCCCGGCUCUGCUCAGCCCCACGGAUCUGAUCGCUACCGAGCUGGAGGAAGUCCUCUGUUCCGAGCGGGUCGGCAGGGUCACAAAGACCUACCAUGAUCUUGACGCGGUGACCAACCUGCUGGAGGAGAAGGAGCGGGACCUGGAGCUCGCGGCCCGGAUCGGGCAGUCCCUGCUGAAGCAGAACCGGAGCCUGACGGAGCGUAAUGAGCUCCUGGAGGAGCAGCUGGAGCUGGCCAAGGAGGAGAUUGCCCAGCUGCGGCACGAGGUCUCCAUGCGGGAUGAUCUGCUCCAUCUCUACACCAACACCGUGGAGGACAGCGAGCCGGCCACAGCCACUGCCACGCCGCUUCGGCGGAACGAGUCCUCGCUGUCCCUGCAGCAGCACGUGCAGUACGACGCCCUGCAGCAGAAACUCAGGGCCCUGGAGGAGGAGAACCAGAAGCUGCGCUUGGAGGCCACCAGCAUCACCACGGAAACCUGCCAGUACGAGGACCAGGAGCAGCAGCUGAUGCUGGACUGCGUGGAACAGUUCUCUGAAGCCAGCCGGCAGGUGGCCUCUCUCUCCGAGGAGCUGGCCCGCAAGACCGAGGACACGGCCCGGCAGCAGGAGGAGAUCAGCCAGCUCCUGGCCCAGAUCGUGGACCUGCAGCAGAAGUGCCGCACGUACGGCGCGGAGGUGGACGAGCUGCAGCAGCAUCUGGCCGCGACAAAGGAGUCUCAGCAGAAGCUGCACACGGAGCUGCAGGACCUGCAGGAGAAAUAUGCCGAGUGCGAGGGCAUGCUGCACGAGGCCCAGGAGGAGAGCAAAACCCUGCGCGCCCGGAACCUCCCCAACAGCAGCCUGCACCGCUACAGCCUGCUGCCCCUGGACUCGCUGGCUGCGGAGAUCAAAGGGAUCAUGAGGAAAGGAGCCGACAGCUCGUCCUCCUCGGAGUACAAGAGCUACAAGCGGGUUUUCGAGACAGUGAAGGUCGUGAACCAGGCGGUCAAAGCCAAGUCGCGUGCGGAGUCCCCCCAAAACCUGCCCGGCUCCAAGCCGUCCUCUGCCCUCCCCUCGGCAGGGUGUAGCCGGGUCAGCACGCCCCGCACCAGCUAUUACGGAUCAGACAGCGCCAGCCUGGCACCGGAGAACCUGGAGAGCGCCCUGGGCGAGGAGAAGCUGCGGGGCACCCCAGGCACCCCAGGCAGGCACGACCUGGAGGCAGCGCUGCAGCGUCUGUCCGCCCGCCAGGAGAACCACGCCUCGGAGCGCUCCUUCUUCGAGACGGAGCGCGAGCAGAAGCUGAACCAACUGGCCAGGGACGUGGAGAGCUCCAGCGGCUUCCUCACGCCCAACGACAGCAUCCUGUCCACCGGCACCAACUACUCGGGCAGCUCGGAGCACACCGGAGGUUCCGGCUUCUCCCUCGGCUCCCUCUCCUACCUGCCAGACAAGCUGCAGAUCGUCAAGCCCCUGGAAGGCUCGGUGACUCUCCACCACUGGCAGCAGCUGGCGAAGCCCAACCUGGGCGGGAUCCUGGACCCCCGGCCCGGCGUGCUCACCAAAGACUUCCGGCAGCUGGACGUGGACCUGGAGGAGGUCUACAAUCUGAACGACCUUGAGGAGGACGACGUGGACCUGAGCGCCUUCCCGGCACUCGCUGCCUCCACCCCGUCCAAAGCCAAGGGCUGCUCCAGUGCGUUCCACUCCUCCAUUAACAACCUCCCCCAGACUCCAUCUACAUUCACCAUCACCACCUGCCACAUCUUACACCCCAACAAGGAGAUCACCACAGUGACGCCCAGUCUUUAUAAUACAGUCGUGCCCUCUUGUGGGCCCUUUGACAGGCUGAGUGCCGCUGGCCCCGUGCCCCAGGCGCUGGAGCCUGGCCCCAGGGCACUGUCUGCGCCUCUCGGACUCGUCACGCUGCUGCUGGAACACGGCAUCUCUGCUUCGGUGCGGGCUGGCAAUGCCCUGGCUGCGCUACGGGCGCCGGAGCCCCCCUCCUGGCUCUCCCCCUUGAGGGAGCAGUGGGACAGCCUGGGGGGGAGGUCUCUGGGCAGCUCAGGCUUGGCUCAGCCCUUCCCGAGGGCCCACGGGCUGGAUGACGGCAGGGCCGCUGGGCCCAGCGGAGCCCAGAGCAAGAGCAACAUCUUCAGCUGGAACCUGGUGGAGAAGCUGAAGAGACUCAGGCUGGACAAAGUGGUGGCCAGAGGAGAGGCCUCCUUCCGGGGCGCAGGGGAGAGCAGACAGCCCGUCGGGCCGCCGGCCCCCACCACGCAGCCGUGA